UUUUAUAUUGAACAACAAGACCAAAACGCGAAAAGCAAACAAUUCCUCCUGCUUUCCGAUCUCCUUACUUGGUCAAGUACAAGGAUCUGUUUAAAGAUGAGAAAGCCAUGAACCAAAUUGCAGUAGACUUUGCUCUUGGUGGAAAAGAUGAAAGUGCACUCUUAUACUAUGAUGGCUUGAAUCUCAUCAAUAGAAAUGAAAUGAAAACUCUUGGAGAUGAUGUUGAAGUGACAAAUUGUGUCAUAGAUGGAUGGGCAAGGUUUCUUAAUCAUAAAAAGCCGAGAAACAAGAUUUAUUUCUCAACAGUGCUUCAUCACAUUAUGUGCACAAAUAGAGUUUGUCGAGAAGGAUCAUCAAUGAAGACAAAAAUUAAUGCCUUCAUAGAAAGAAUUGAUAAUGAACUGAAGUUGAAUAAAAUUGAAAGCAUUGUUGGAUAUAAACAUGUAUUAAUUCUUGUUUAA